AUCGAUUGAACGGUCACUCUAGCACCAGCACGCCAAAAAAAAUGAAAACUCUUUCAUUUUAGAAUUUUUCCUCGUCCUGUCGACAUAAAACCUAGUGCAUUGUAAAAUCGAGCAAGUUCACCGGCUGGCCAAGCGCUAAGAGCUGCGGAAGCGGUACGCUAACACACGCAUGUCGCAGUCUCCCGAGGACGCCGUUGUGACCACACUCACACACAUUGGCACAUCCAAGGCCGGAGUCGGUGCGUCCCCAGAUUCGACAGUAGUUGUGGCCAAUUCGACGGCAAAUCCGCUACACUGGCGCUUCUCGCCUGCUGAAUACCAACACCAACAACAACAACAAUUCGUGGCACACACAGUACACAUUGAUUCGUCCGAGAGCCAGCGAUUCUCACCGGUAUCGCCAUCAGCAGGAGGAGAGGGUAACUCCUUGGAAUCGCUGCAGUAUUCGCCGGAAGAAACCUCCUCGAUUUCGGGCACAAAUGAGUACUACCCAUCGGCACACUACGCUCCCUCUGAGCAACCCUACUAUCCUGCCACACUGAACAACCUGCCGGUUGUGACAGUUCCGCCUCAUCUCCUAACUCCUGCCCUGCCAGCAAAUCACCAUCAGCUUGACAGCAGCAGCAGCAGCGAGGCUAUCGAGCAGCAAACUGAGCACCAUUUCUACCAGCCCGUAUCGGAUGUGGCGUCCUAUCAGCUCGAUUUGUUGAUCAAAUCCAACGGAACUGGGGACGGGCACCAGGACGGUGAGGUCGUCCAGUACAACGAGCAGUUUGCAGGUGAAGCCCACAGCCAGCAGGUUGGGCCAGAGGACGGCAUAUACACCGAUUACCAGUCGGAGGAGGGAGCAUACGCCAACCACCACAUAGAGCCAGCUGAACAGUACAACACCACUGGGAGAGAAACCAAUCGAGAAGACAUAUUCCUGGCCUGGGCCACACCGUCGUCGGGUGAUGCAUUUGAUGCACGAAAUGAGAGACCCGGACUGCUGGUAGAGCCAAGCGAGCCAACCGAGCCUCAUCCUCUUGCCAAAGCCGUGCGCAACAUUCUCGAGCUGAUCCGCGAUAUCUGCGAUACCUUGACCGUCAAUCCAGAGCAUCCGCACGCCGAGAGGUACCGCUGCACCAUCAGCUUACUGCGCCAGAAGCUGGCCGAUGUGUGCCACAAGCUGGUAGACACAGCUAUCACCGGCCAGGCCACCACGCAGACCGUCAGCCUGCUCAGGGAGGUCUUUCUGGGCAUCGAGCUAUCGGAGCAACAGGAACGAGGCUUCAGGGAAGCGCAGGCGAAGACCAUCGGGCAACCUAACGACACCACCCAGCAAGGCAUUUCAAUGGGCUUGGAUCUGUUGAAGAGACUCCGUCAGCUUGUAAACGGCUUGUACAAGCCCAAAGAGAGAGAAUCGGAGACCGGCGAUUCGGGCUCGGGAUCUGAGGGCCGAAGCGGAACGGGUCGUGUAGACGACCACCAGCAGGAAACUAUAAAUACACCCCGGAAGAGACGCACCCAGGAGGACGAUCCUCAACUGAUCAAGUACCGGCGCGUGGACAAUUCGUUUCCCCGCUACAUACCGAAUGAGCCUGCCGAGGACCCAAACCCAAACAAGUCCAUGGCAGAGCGCGAGGGCGAGCGCGAGCAUCAGCAACAGGGCUCGAAACGCCUGUCCAUAUUCAAUCCACCUGUGUACACGCAGCACCGGGUGCGCAACAAUGCGCCCUACAUGCCCAACCCGUUCGAUCUAUCGGACGACGAGGAGCCCCACUCUUCGGUCAGUGCAUCAGGAUUGGCGCGUGUCACGCCGCAACUGUCCUUCUCGGAUGCCGUGCGCCUGGGUCAGAAUGGCUUUGGCGAGACGGCCCGUGUGAAUGGCCACUUCAGCCACAUGGGGCACAGGGCCCCGCCUCAGGCGGAGAGGAGCAUCCUGACCCACGAGCUGGAGCGCUCGGAGCAUGAGCAGUACCUCAACCUCAUCAACACCGUAGCCCGCAAUAAUUCCGGGGCCAGUAGCUUCGUCAAGCCGAGUGCCCCGCCGCUACAGCGCUCAGAGGCCCAGCCGCCAUCGUGGAGUUCAAUACUGCGCGGCAACAAACCUCGUCCAUGGCAGCAGCCAAUGAUGUUGACGGGGCGCGAGGACAGAGAGAAGAACCGCGAGCUGUCCGAUUACGCCAAGUUGAUCAGCGGCGACGCAGAGCAGCAGAGCCGCCCACCGGCAUUACCGAAGCUUAUGUCCCUCGAAAGCUUUAAUAACAGUCACGCCUCCGUCAUUUCCAGCAGUGAUGACUCCGAUAGCUGCUCGUCCAGCUCUUCUUCUAGCUCGUCCGGAUCCAAAUCCUUUGCCGGAUCCGUACUCGAGUCUGAGUCCUCUGUGACCGUUACUGCUGAUGACAACUCGGAAGGCAAAAAAUCGACCGUGUCCAAACACUCUGGUGCUCACAAAUCACACAGCAAAGGCUUGCAUCAUCGUUUUGCCAGCAGCAUCUACCUGAAGGAUGACUUUGCGGACCAGUUUAGAACCAGGACUGCACGUCGGCUUGAGGAACAUGAACAUCUCCGUGAAUUGGCUGCUCAGGAUGCAAUCCGCAGCACUGACGAACGCCGUGAAUACGAACGUAAGCUGCGCGAAAACAUUUUCCAGUACCGUGUCAUUCACAAGCCCAUCUUCGUCAUCGGGGGCCUGGACAAGAAGACUGAGAAGAAGGAGGCACAGCUCAUUCCGCUGACCGAGGCGCAUUUAAACCGCUACAACGAUUUGAUGCAGGGCCCACCUCAGCAGGUCCUAGUUACCAAGUUCAAUCUGAACAUUUCUCGCAACGACAUACGCACACUAAUCGGAGGCACCUGGCUUAACGACGAGGUCAUCAACUUCUACAUGGGAUUGCUGACCGAUCGCUCGGAGAAGCGUGCUGGCCAACUGCCAAGUGUUUAUGCCAUGAACACAUUCUUUGUGCCACGCCUUCUGCAGGCUGGCCAUUCGGGCGUGAAGCGCUGGACCAGGAAGGUGGACUUGUUCGCCAAGGACAUAAUCCCGGUGCCAGUUCACUGCAACGGUGUCCACUGGUGCAUGGCCAUCAUUCACAUGCGCAACAAAACGAUUCGCUACUAUGAUUCAAUGGGAAAGCCGAACCAAACCGUGCUGGACGCUUUGGAGGCCUAUCUGCGUGCGGAGUCGUUGGACAAGCGCAAGCAGCCGUUUGACACCAGCGGCUUCACAAUCGAAAGUGUCCCGAAUGUGCCCCAACAAUCAAAUGGAAGCGACUGCGGCGUCUUCAGCUGCAUGUUUGCCGAGUACAUUACUCGCGACGUCUCCCUCUCCUUUUCGCAGGAACAAAUGGAGUACUUCCGUAAAAAGAUGGCUCUGGAGAUCGCCGGCGGGGAGUUGUGGAUGUAGACGGUUCGCUCCAUUAUGAAUUACUUGUGUCUAAUUCCACACAGACAGUAAUUCUAGUUUGGCAACGAGACGAGGAUCGAUUCUUAAUUUAUUAAUUAGAAACCUAACAUAAACUUUCCAAGCAAGUGCUCCGCCUUUGAUCGAACUCGAGCAAAUCGAGUCUAUCUCACUCCUUCGAUUGCGUCGAGUUCGAUUGGGCAGAAGCGAACAUACACGCGCAUAUACUUGUUCCCAUCUCAUUGUACACUUCGUAUAAAAGGACACUUUGGAUCCUUUUAAUACGCCUUUAAUCGAACUUGGGCAAAUCCAGUCUAUCCCAUUCAUUCGAUUGCGUCGAGUUCGAUUGGGCAGAAGCACACAUACAUUUUACACUUCGUAUAAAAAGACACUUGCGAACCCUUAUGGUUCGUUUGAUUACACGAAAGCAGCAGCAUCAUGCAUCUACUAUUAAAUGUAACACCUUUAAAGAUCAGAUGGAGCGAGAGGAUAUAGACAUCUAAUGUAACAGAAAAACUAGUUUGUCAAUAAAGCGCUAAAACGUAAAA